AUGUCCUUGUCAUUAGUAUUACUGCUAAUAUCGGCUCUCCACUUCCGCCAUCAUGGAUCGGAAGCCCAAAUCAACAAGAUCCAGCCAUCAAGUAACAAGGAGCAGAACGGUGGCCAGACAGGAAGAAAACGUGGAGGCGACAUUGGUCUCAAAGCAGCCAUACACUCACUACCCAGCAGGGGGCAGUGGAUGGAAAUCAGGAGCAGGUUCCCAAGUUGGCUUCAUCCUGACAGAGAUGAACACAAAAACACAGCUUGCAAGUGGGACAUGUCAUCUGUGUGGAUCAGUGUGCCAUCUGUUGCAGAACUCAACCAUCAAGGAGUACAUGAUCAUCAGCAUGAAAAAAUUAUCACAAUAUCAGAGGAUGGAUUUGUGCAGAGUCCACGAUUUCCUCAGAGUUAUCCGCGAGAUGUGGUGCUGCUGUGGAGAUUAAUAGCAGCUGAUGAAAAUAUGCAAAUACAACUAACCUUCGAUGAAAGAUUCGGACUUGAGGAACCAGAGAACGGAUUGUGCAAGUUUGAUUUUGUAGAAAUUGAAGAUCCAAGUGAUGGUACAAUUAUUGGACGGUGGUGUGGCUCCACUGUGGUCCCAGGCAUACAAAUAUCGAAGGCAAACCAAGUGCGGAUACGGUUCCGAUCCGAUGAGUACCUGCCGUCAAAGCCAGGCUUCUGCAUUUACUACUCCCUUCUGGAAUCUGCCCAUUUUGAAAGCCCAACACUCGUGCCGCCUUCUCCUCUAUCUUUGGAUGGCUUAAAUGAGGCUGUCUCAGGCUUUGACACUAUAGAGGAGCUGAUCAAGUACUUGGAACCAGAGAGGUGGCAGCUGGAUUUGGAAGAUUUGUACAAACCAACCUGGCAGAUGCUUGGAAAGGCUUUUGUGCAUGGUAGAAAAUCCAGAGUUGAUCUGAACUUGCUGAAAGAAGAGGUGAAGCUGUACAGCUGCACACCACGCAACAUAUCAGUGUCUCUGAGAGAGGAACUCAAACGGACAGAUACCAUCUACUGGCCAGGGUGUCUACUGGUAAAACGCUGUGGGGGAAAUUGUGCCUGCUGCUCCCUUGGCUGCCAAGAUUGUCAAUGUGUUCCUAUCAAAGUGUCAAAAAAAUACCAUGAGGUUCUUCAACUACGAUAUAGAAGUCCUGGGAAACCAUUGCAGAAAUCCCUGGCAGAUGUGGGAUUGGAGCACCAUGAAGAAUGUGGCUGUGUGUGUAAAGGAAAAACAGAAGGUUAAGCUAGUUUGCCCUUUUACCUUUCAAAGACUUGAAGCAUUGAAAAAUGGGGCCUGUGUGCAUUAUCUUGUUCAGAGAUCACACUCAUCUCAGUUUUCGACUUUCCACUUUCUAGCUUUUUGGUGGACUUUGGUGUAGACGUGUAGCUCUCCUGCCUAUAAAUGGACCUGAAAAGUAUGAAACAGGGGACGAGCUCCAUUCCCAAAAAGGUUUGGAUAUCUAGAUGACGGCAAAGAAAAUAGCUCAUGCAUUGAACUCUGGGUUCCCUUUCUUUCUCACCUGUGGAAGGAUAUAAAUAUUACUUAAUUUACUGUUCCAGUUCUGAACCAAGUAAAAUUGCAGAAAAUAGUUUUCAAGAGAAAGGACUACUUCUGGAAUCAACUACUGCUUACCACCAUAAAUGUUGUGACUUGCAGUAUUCCUCGCCAUGUGGCUGAAAACUUCCAAGAAAAUCUGCUUAUAUUGUGCUGCUUGUCCUCAUGUGAUAUCACUUCCUUUGUACAUCAUUUUCUUCCAUACACAAUUUUUAAAGAGAAAUCUGCAUGUUUAUCUGCAAUUUCUGCUACGAUAUCCUAGCAAAUGUGUCACAGUGACAAUAUACUGGAGAGAUACAGAAUUUGAGGAGAGUAAGGACUUACCAGACUUUUCUGAGGGCAUUGCCUGAAGUUGUGUACAUUUUUUUAUAUCUUCUCAUUUAGGCUAAUAUGACUAAAGCUUUUUUUUUUGUAUUACAUUAAAUGUAUCUAUUUUGUACCAAACCUAUUUAAGAAUUUAGCUUUUGCAUUGUCUGAGAUGACUCAUGAUUUACAACACUUUAAACAAAAGGGAAAUGGGUAGGUGUGAUCAAAAGCACAGUCAUAUCAUUGCACUGUCAGUGUUGGUGCUUUGUGUAAUGUACUGUA